GUGCCUACAUAGACAAAGCGAGUGACACAGCUGAGCAGGUGAUUUUGAUAGACAGCCAGCUGAACUCUCCUGAAGGACUGGCAAUAGACUGGGUUCAUAAGAAUAUCUACUGGACGGAUUCUGGAAACAAGACCAUCUCAGUGGCCACUGCAGAUGGGAGCCGGAGGAGGACGCUUUUCAACAGUGACCUCAGUGAGCCAAGAGCCAUUGCUGUUGAUCCCACACAGAGGUUCAUGUACUGGUCUGACUGGGGAGACAAAGCUAAGAUCGAGAAAGCUGGCCUGAAUGGUGUGGGGCGGCAAGUGCUGGUGGCUGACAACAUUGAGUGGCCAAAUGGCAUCACACUUGAUUUGCUGAAUCAGCGUCUCUACUGGGUAGACUCCAAAUUGCAUUCACUGUCCUGCAUUGAUUUCAAUGGCAGCAACAGAAAAGUUCUGAUCUCUUCUGUUGACGAUCUGAGCCAUCCUUUUGGCUUAGCAGUGUUUGAGGACAAAGUGUUCUGGACUGACCUGGAGAAUGAAGCAAUCUUCAGUGCAAACAGACUGAAUGGCUUGGACAUCUCCGUUUUGGCAGAAAAUCUCAAUAAUCCUCAUGACAUAGUGGUAUUUCAUGAAUUAAAGCAGCCCAAAGCUCCAGACUCCUGUGAGCUCAGCCUCCAACCAAAUGGAGGCUGUGAGUAUUUGUGUCUUCCUGCACCUCAGAUCUCUCCCCAUUCUCCCAAGUAUACAUGUGCCUGUCCUGACAAUAUGUGGCUGGGUUCCGACAUGAAAAAAUGCUACAAAGAUCUUCCAACUGCUUCAACUACUGUACUGGUUUCUACAACCGCAGCAUCCCAAACUGCCGGUACCACGACCAUCGCAACUGUACUUGGCAGUGCCAAUAACACCACUGAAGUCGUCCCCAAAGCUGUAUCAGAAGCUACGAUUACCACCCCAAGAUUUCAUUUACAUUCCACCACAUCCAUUCUGAUAGAUUCUGAGAUGACCACGGGAAACAGCAACUUAUCACAGCACUAUGCAAAUAAUGACCAAGGCUUUGAUUCAACUGUGACGGCAGCUGUAAUUGGAAUCGUCAUUCCUGUCGUGGUCAUUGGCUUGCUAUGCAUGGGGGGAUACCUCAUCUGGAGGAACUGGAAACGGAAGAAUACUAAAAGCAUGAAUUUUGAUAAUCCAGUGUAUAGGAAGACAACAGAGGAGGAAGAUGAAGACGAAAUCCACAUUGGGCGAACUGCCCAAAUUGGACAUGUCUACCCAGCACGUGUAGCAUUAAGCUUAGAAGAUGAUGGGUUGCCAUGAGGAUGACGUUGCUGCUCCAGACACCACCGUGAACAAACCUGCUUUGGAUCACAGAACCUGCUCCUUUUUGAUCGUUAUUUAUGUUGCAGAAGGGUAACCACAAAGUUAUAAUGAACUGCAAACAUCCAAAGGAUGUGAGAGUUUUGUAUGUAUAAUCUUUUAUACACAUUUUAACUUGUUGCACUACCCGUUUGUGAUAGUGAAUAAGCGACAGCUGAGCUACUAACUCAAUGUACAUAACCAGCCAGGCUGAAAGUUCAGUAGCUAUUGCUUUAUUUUAAGACUAUAUUUAUAGAUAUUUUGUAAAUAUGUUGACUAUGCUUUGUGGCUAUCCAUCAACAUAAGUAAAACAAAUUCUGUACAGGCUGUUUAGAAAUAUUUAUUAACAAAAUCUGGAUUAUAAGAUCUGUUCUGUAAAUAUAGUAGAGGGGUGAGAGUAUUUAUUUUUUGUAUGUUUGGCUUGCUGUGCAUAGAUCUGAGUAUAUAUCUAUCUAGACUAGAUAGAUAUAUAGGCAUAUAAAUAUAUACAUAUAU